CAAUUUUUUUCAGCCCAGCCCAGCUGCCUGCAAACCCUUCUCCUUCCUCUCUCUCGACCUCACUCUCGCUCACCCUCGCUGCCUCCUCUCCUUUGCUCGUCCACUCGCGAGCGCUCGCUCUCUGCCUCUCUCUUGCUCUCGCUCGCCCUCGCCCUAGCCCCCACGCUUGCUCGGCCAGUAGGCCUCGCCCUCGCUCUCGCUCUCGCUCGCUGCCUCUGAUUCAGGUUUUCGUUUUACCCCCCAAACUUCCAGUCUCCAGAUCUGCUUCAUUCGAGCCCGGAUCUGUAUUACUGAGCUCAUGGCAUGGUGAUUGGUGCGUCUUAAAGAUUCUCCAAUGUAUUUGGAACGUCAAGGAUUUAGGCUUUGGAAGGGAAUUUUGGACUGAAAUGGGAAGAAUAUUUGGCCAUAGAGAUGGUUGGAACGUAAUAUCAAAGCGAUUGAGGCUUCUCCGCAAGAGAUCCUUUUGCACAAGUAACAGCAACAACGAGAAGAAAGGUGAUGGGUCUGUGAGCACUUAUGACGACGCUUAUCAUCAGCUUGACAAGCUUGACUUCAUGACUGCCUCUAAGAUUCUCUUCACCACUCCUCCGAAGAAGAAAAAGUUUGGGAUUGAUUUUCAUCUUGUACAAUUCUUCUUUGCCUGCAUGCCUUCAUUGGCUGUGUAUUUGGUGGCUCAAUAUGCUCGCUAUGAAAUGAGAAAAAUGGAGGCGGAAUUGGAGCUGAAAAAGCAAGCUGAAGAAGAGGCAAAAGCAAAAGAGAUGGAAUUAAACGCUUCUGAAGAAAAAGAAGCAGGUCCUGAUCCAGAGAUUUUGGACGUAAGGAUGAGACUGGAUAAAAUGGAGGCGGCUGUAAAGGAAAUUGUGGCUCAAUCAAAGAAACAAUCAGGUAGCACAUCAACUGAAAACCAAAAUAUUGAUGGCGCAAAGGGACAUCAUACAACUUCUCCUGAACAAAGUGACAAUCCAAGUAGAUCAGAUCCAAUUGUUCCUACUGCAGCAAAAGACCAUAGUUAAACGAACUUCUGACAUGUAUCACCAAACUCAAAUCAAGGCAAGGCAAAUGGCUCAGUGGCCCCAAUUAGUUAUGCUUUCAAAGUGCAGGCCUCCAAAGAACUGAAGAUAAGAGCACCAGAUUAUCAAGUUUUAUUUUCAAUGCAGUGAUGCACAAGAAAUAGUGGAUUGUCUUAGGAGCCUCAUGGGCUGUGAGGGAUGAUUGUUUGACUACCAGAGGCAGCAUGUACAACUUAACUAGCCCGUGGUUGAUUCCUGAUGGCCAAAUGCCCUUUUUAUGUGGAAGCCAUUGGACAAACACAGGUUCAUUUUGUUUUCAUCCACUCGAAUUUCCCAUAUCUAUAAUGUAUGUACAUAUAGAAACACUGCUUGAUGGAAUGAGAGUGAGUGCUCUUUUAAAUGCUC